AUGACCACCCGAAUGAAGACCAAGGCCGUCGCGCAUUCGGACGACCUGACCUUCAUCAUCACAAUGCUGUACCAGCCCAACUACCUGUCGACGUUUGGGAGCAUGAGGUUAGUCCUAAACCUCACGCUGUACAUGCUUCUCGUCGUCGACACAUGUGGCCGGGGGGCGGGUGAGUUCGCGCGCAAUCCCGUACGACCUGAGUAUAUGUGUCUGCGAUGGGAGGAUAUAGAGUUCUACUCUUUCCAGUGCGACGACGAUGACGAUGACGAGUUCGACAUCCGAGCCCAGGUCAAGAUUAGAUGGAGAAAAGGCAAAACACUCGACGACUCGGCCUACAAGACGGUACCAUUUCCUGGCCUGCUGCCGACGUCCAUGGCGCUUCAGGAUACACUGCGUCUGCUGCUCACGCUGGCUAUGAUGGACGAUAUCCGAAGCUGGGACGGUCUUCGGUCUCUACGACUCCCCGCUGAGGUUGCAAGCACAGGUCGAAGGCUAAAGAUACGGCCAAGCAUGCGUGAGGUUCCGGUACUGCGGAAAAUGAUCGACCAUCGCCUCACCAAGAUGCCGCAAUGGACGACAGAUAUGCAGAGCGAGAUCCGCAGACUGGGUCAAUUUUGCGGGUUUGAGGAAUCCUUAGUUGCGUACUGCAUGGGGCGCGGUGUAGCGUACACAUUGGCUACACGUGCAUCUGAAGAGGACCGGGUAUUCCUGAUGGGUCACAGUCGUCAGGUAAGGAUCGAUUUACGCCAAAUGAUCUGCCAAUGA